AUGCCACAAGUCAACGAGAAGACGACCUUUUUCACUUUACCAACCGAGCUUCGCUUGGAGAUUGCCGCCUAUGCGCUUGAGCAGCCCGACGCUGGACUCACCAGACAGCACAGGCCUGGAGAAAAAAGGGAUCAUUUUGGGGUUGACAGCAGAUACAAAGCCAGCAACAACCUCGCCAUAAGGCUGGUCUGCCGACGAUUCAACGCCGAGUUUUUUCGUCUUGCCAUUCAAAAGACGCUCUUCGUGCUCCCCAAAGACUCUACUUGGGUUGUUCACCAGCAAUCCGACGCGCUUCUACGCGACGUAAAGAAGUUGAGAGUCCACUAUAACCCCAGCGAUAUCAAAAGAUGGGAGAUGUUCCCCUUGAACAAGCCAUGCAUGUACCUUGAUCAGCUGGAACUUGUGAUCAUGCUCGAAGAUUCCAAAAGCCGAAAAGCCCUGGUAGGCUUGUUCAGACGAUUGCAGAAUGUCAAAGAGAUCAGGCUCCUCGCCCAAGGGAGUGGUCUGGCAUCAUGGGGAUCUCAUGAAUUCGUUAAACUACUCGGUGAAAUGCUUAAGGAAGACCAUUACCAAAGAUACGAUGCUCCGAACGCUCCGAAUCUGGAAUAUUCGUGGUGGGACUGGAGUUACAGCGACGACCUCAGCCAGGCUAUCUUUGUGGCCCAGCAGCCUAAACCGAUCAUGCUGGAAGAAGACUACAUGCUGUUGAUGAAGCCGAAGGUUGACUACAUCAUAGAGUGCAUGGUGUCAUAUAGCACUUAG